GACGUUCUCUGGCUCCGAACGUAAUCACCAUCUCAAAGAAUCUCACUAUCCGGUUCCUUAUUUUUAUUAUCUAUGGGACUACGCAGCUCUAACAGCCUUCCGCUUUUCAUUUUCUCUGCUGGCACCAGCUGCACUUCUGCCCUCGCCUGCCUGCCUCCCUUGGAGUCUUCCACCAGUAUCUGCGCUCGCAGCUUCUCCAGGACCGCGCUAGGCCCAACUCCAGACAACGUGGUGUGGCUACCGGUGAAUGGUCCGUCCUGAACAAGGGCGGACGGUAAUCUGAUAUUCGCGCCGUUGAGCGUAGCUUCUCUCUUGUGACCGUCAGUAGAUAUUAGUUCCCAGCCAGAGGAUUGAGAGAGCUCCGUCCGCCUUGGAACUGCUCUCCCCCUCCAAACGUAUCUUUGGUGAAUGAACGUGACAAAGAGCUCUACGGAAUCGCAAUCUACAACUAUCUAAACAAUCGUUCAUCCCACUUGGUAGGGAUGUUUGCGCCUAGCCCGUUGCGUCGACCUCCGUUGGAUUGUGAACUGAAUAUUCUCUCGACUGAUCAAGAUGGCAACGAUUCGAGAUCAGCCAAAUCAUGGCUAGAACAGGAAGAAUUCACCGUGUCAGAUGUUUUUGCUCCGCAAACCGACAAAGACUUCGACCAUGUUUCGGAGGAGGCACAUGCCGGCAACAGGGUAGCAGAGGCUGAGGCAAUUCCUGGUGAAUCACUUACGGGUUUUCGUUUAUAUGGGCCUGAAAUCAGCCCCACCAGAAACACGACUUGUGUCCAGUCGACUGGCACUGGACAUUUGAUGGUAGAUAAUUUAGGUUCUCGUGGGAAGAAUAGACGAAAGAAGAAGUUGCGACGGCCUGCAGAAGUUCAUGCUGCCGCCACUACCGUCCGUGGAUUUGUUGCCAACGCAUCUACGGAAGAUGAGUCAGAUUAUUCCAACCCCGGUUCUAAGACCCUUUCCCCAUGGCUCCCCCCACGCGUCAGUUGUGGGAAUAGCCCUGGCCUUCGACCAUCCUCCUCAAGUGGAGGAAUCAGCACAUUGAAACUCCAGCUGGAUACCCUUAGUUUGUCGAACAGCCGUCCGGCGUCUCGCAACACGAGCCAAUUCGGUUCUCAGACCCCAAGCUGUGCCAGUGUCUCCUCAGACAGCGACCAGACUACCAGCUAUGAAGUCCCUUUAGAAAAUGACUUCGUGAGUCCUGACGCUGAUGGUGCUGCUAGUGAUGCCAUGUCAUUUGGCAAUGAGGAGUGCGUGAAGAACACCUUAUGUCGGAAGAUGGCAGCUACAGAUUUCGAACAGUUGUCCUGUCUUGGGAAAGGAACCUAUGGUACAGUUUUAUUGGUCAGGCAUACCAUGACGGGCGUCCUCUAUGCGCAGAAGCAAUUCCGCAAGGCCUCUCUCACCGUACAUAGGAAGCUGGUAGAGCAAACCAAAACGGAACGAGCGAUCUUGGAAUCUGUCAACCGCCAUCCAUUUGUCGUCAAGCUUUAUUAUGCUUUCCAGGAUCAUGAGAAACUUUAUCUGAUUUUGGAAUAUGCGCAGGGUGGUGAGCUUUUCACACAUUUGGCUAUGGAACGCAUGUUCUCCGAAGAAGUAGCUUCAUUCUAUAUGGCUGAGCUAGUGCUGGCUCUGGAGCAUCUCCACAACAACGUCGGCGUUGUCUACCGUGACCUGAAGCCGGAAAACUGUCUCUUGGAUGCAGAUGGCCACCUUCUCCUAACUGACUUCGGGCUUAGCAAAGUAGCCGUUGAUGGCCAGGACCGAUGCAACUCAUCGCUGGGCACUGUCGAGUAUAUGGCUCCUGAAGUCGUCCAAGGUAAGCCGUACGGAAAAGCCUGCGAUUGGUGGUCACUAGGAGCCUUGGGCUUCGACCUCCUUACGGGCUCACCGCCCUUCAAAGCUAAUAACCACGCCAAGAUCCAAGAAAAGAUCGUAAAACAGAAACUUGUGCUGCCAUAUUUCCUUGGUCCGGAUGCAAAGGAUCUCCUCACCCGUCUCCUUCGCAAGGAACCCCAUAAGCGCCUCGGCUACCACAUGCCCAAGGACAUCCAAACGAUCAAGAAGCACCGCUUCUUCCGCAAGAUUGACUGGAAAUCUCUAGAGAGACGCGAGCUCGAACCGCCCAUCAAACCCCUCAUCACGGACCCGGCGUUGGCGGAGAAUUUCUCGUCGGCUUUCACCAGCUUGCCGCUUAGUCCUGUUGUGACGAAAAAUGGGUUCCCUGAUGCUUGUGAUGAUGGACAUAUGGCUUCUGGUGGUAACGCUUCUUCUCGGGAUAUUCAACAACCUGUGAAGACGACUGUGGAUGAUCCGUUUCGUGGGUUUAGCUUUGUGGCGUCAAGUAGCUUGCUGGAUAGCGGGUUGGGUUUUGUCAGGUAGACUACUACUACUGCUACGACGACCUUUACUUUGACCGUCUUUGGUAUUCCUUUUUUGUUUGUUGCUUUUUAGGGUAUUGUCGUUGUUUUGUAGCUGAUAUUAUUUUGCUUUAUCUACGGGUGAUUAUGGAUGGAAAAGUAAUACGGUAGAAUCUCCUCGGGAUCCCCAUCCGUAUCAUCUGUGGAUCGGUUAAUAUAUCAUUUUAGUUCCC